UUCUCUUGUAUAAAUUCUUCUGUUGUGUUGUGACAGUUGUUUCUGUAUAGGAUAAAUAAUCUACUGUGUCCUUUUUUCGUUAUAUUUGUGCCUGUCUUGUGUUUUUGAUGUGUUUUAAUUUACUUACAAGUUAAUUUAAUGUUAGUUCAUGAUUCAUGAAAAACAAAUAUUCUACAAAAUUAAAAAUACACUUUUAAAAUGUCUAACACUAAAGGACCAGAACGGGACAGUUUACCAAAAACUGGAAGAGUUAAUGAAGUUUGUCAGGAAUGGAUGGUAAGGGAAGAUAUGGCACUAGCCUAUCGGCUUCAAAAUCAGGAGUUUGAUGAGCAUUUAACUGGUAAUAAGUUUAGAAAUCAACUUGUUCGAGAAGACUUUCCAACAGCCAAAAAUGAACAAAUAAGAGAGCAACAAAUGGCAGAGCAGGCAGCUGCUAUAUACCAUAAAAUGUUGGCAGAGCAAGAGGAAAUAGAUAAUCAAAUUGCAAAGGAAUUGGCAGAGAAAUUGGAAAGAGAAGAAAGACAAAAGCGAAGGGCACUUGAAAUAAGGGACCAAGACAUUGCAAAACAAUUAAUUGAAAGAGAAAGACACAAAGGAGAAAGAUUAAAUCCAAUGCCCAACUAUUUAAAUUCCAAUUAUACUUCACAAUUACCACCAAGUUUAAUUUCAAAACCAGACCAGCAUUUUUCACCACACAGGCCCAAUCCCUAUAAUUACCAAGCAAAUUUACCACGUAGACAAGCCCAUGCAAUGCCUUUACCACAUGAAAUUUGUGAGGUUAAUGAUUUGUAUUCAGAUCCAGUUAGGUUAAAGGGUGACAUGGAUAGUACCGAAUUAUAUAUAGAACCAUAUAAAGCUAAUAAAACAUUAUCUGAUCAACUCAACCGAAUUGACAUUGCAGAAGUUGGAGUUCCUAUAGAUGAAAUAACAGAAAAGCAAAUACAAGAAGAAAAAGAUGCUGCACUCGCUAGACAAUUACAGGAACAAGAGGGUUCUUUAAAUGACAGUUUGCUUAAUCGUGACAGACUUUUAGCGAUUGAAGCUCAAGAUAAAGAAUUGGCAAAGCUACUUCAAGAACGAGAGAGAGCUAAAGCAAAAAGAGCUAGAGAGCGAGCUAAACAAAAAUCUUUAGCCAAAAAGCAACAGCAAGCUGAAUUACAUCAGCAGGAGCAUAGGAAAACAGACCAAUUAAUGCCAGAUGACUCAUAUGCUUUUCCUGCAGAUAUAAUACAACAACCAAUGUCAGUACCAAGAAACAUUGCAGCACAUCCAGAUAUGUAUGCUGUACCAAAUUCAAAUGAUGACGAUGUAGGAUAUAGUUUACCCAUUGAUCUUUUGCCAACUGGAUCAACAGAUAUUUUAAAAAUUAAUAAUUCAGAAAUAAAAGAAAUCAAUGUGCCUUUAAGCAAUCCAUCAAGUUCAUUCACUACUGAUAAAAUAAAUAAUGGGUUACAAGCUCAAAGACCCACUCAAUUGGAUUUAAAAUCGCCUUUAACACGAUUUAAUAAACCACGGUACCCGGACCCAGAACCCGACAAUAAUACCCCCGUUACUCAGUCUCCUUCAGCACAUUCUAACAUUGCAAUGGCAAUAGAUCCAACAUAUUCCCGAAGGGGAUACCGUUUAUCAUCUAGUUACGAUACCGCUUCCAGUUCAGUAACCACCAGUACUUCUAGCAGCAGUCCUGGAAUGUUAUUACCACCUCCAGAUAUUACCGAACAUGAUGAUGAAAAUCCCGCUCCACCUUACAUGCCAAUCCAGGGUCAACGACGAACCGCAUCAUUGGAAAAGAAACAAAAAAAGAAAUCAAAAGAUGGUAGUUGUAAGCAACAGUGAAGUAAAUAAAUUAACGUUUAAAAUUUAUUAGGCCACCGAUAUAGUUAUUUAAGUAGGGUGUUUCUACUAAAAAUGGACAACGAAAUUAUUUAUAGAGAUUGUGGAUCUCAUCGAGACACUUUUUUCAAAUAAAUAUUUUGAGCUUUUGUUUUCGAAUUAUCCUCCUUUUGUUUUUGCUUAAACCUUUUUAUGAAAAAUAUUUAUAAUAAUUACCUUGUCUAUUUUAAGUAAAAACACCCUGUAUAUUUAAACGUUAUUUUACGAAUGCAUACAUAUUUUUUUCUAUUUUUAUUAAAUUUAAAAAUACAAAAUUCCUGUUAGUCUUAUCUCCAACCCGUUAGUCUGGCUAACUGUAAAAAUAUAUAUUUGGCAAACAUUGAG